UUACACAACGGAAAUCGGUUUGUUGUCUUCCUGUUUCUAGAUGUGUGCGGCGGUAUGAAGUUGAUCGCAUGCUAUUGCACGGUCUAUGGACAGUAACGGUUUAUCUACAUUGUGUCAUGUCAUGAUUAUGCCCGCGGUAAAUCACGGAUCGCUACAUCGACAUGGUGUUACAUUGUUACUAAAAUAACCGGACUUGCGUGUGGUUGGUGCUACAGUUCAAAGGCAACCAACUCACGAGGUAACGUUACUGUACAGUAGUGCAACAACUUGAAAUGAUCGUCUGACAUUCGCUCACAUAUUGAGUGAAAGGAUGCUGAGAACAUGUUUAACAGCUGUCCGCAGUCCUGCGGUCUGCGUGGGUCGGUGUUUCAGUAGUGAAGUGAGUGGUGCAGUUUCCACGUUAGCCGGUUUCUCCUCUCCACCGUUCUCAACGGAGGCUUCACUCUAUGUUCACUGGCCUUACUGUCUGAAGAGAUGCUCCUACUGUAACUUCAACAAGUACAUUCCUCGCUCUGACAACCAGGAUGUCAUGUUGGAGUGUCUCCAGCGGGAGACGGAGACCUUACUAAAGCUCAGCCAGGUGUCCCGGAUCACCUCUGUGUUUUUUGGAGGCGGGACUCCCAGCCUGGCCCGCCCCUCCACUAUUGCUGCGGUCCUAGAGACGGUUGCCAGGCACGCUGGACUAUCAGAGGAGGCGGAGGUCACUUUGGAGGUCAACCCCACCCCUGUAGGAAGCUCUAAGUUGGAGGACUUCCUCCAUGCUGGCGUCAACCGUUUUUCCAUCGGGGUGCAGUCUCUACGGGACGACGACCUGAAGGUUCUGGGGCGAGACCACAACUCCCAGCAUGCUUUGCAGACCGUAGUGGAGGCUCGGAGGCUCUGCCCGGGUAGGGUGUCUGUCGACGUCAUGUUUGGACGUCCUGGUCAGUGUGUUGCAUCCUGGGAGUUGGAGUUGGAUGAGCUGCUGUCGGUGUGUGAUGACCACGUCUCCCUGUACCAGCUGACCCUGGAGAGAGGCACACAGCUCUUCAGACAGGUCCAGAAAGGCCAACUGAGCGUGCCCAGUGAUGACAUCACAGCUGUCAUGUAUGACUCUGCCAGGAGGAUUCUUCAGAAGAGAGGCUAUCUGCAGUAUGAGGUGUCCAACUUUGCCAGAAAUGGUGCCAUCAGCCAACACAAUAUGAGCUACUGGAAGGCCAGUCAGUACCUUGGAGUGGGCCCAGGUGCCCAUGGUCGCUUCGUCCCCCGUGGAGAGGGGGAUGUGUGUCGAGAGGCCCGUACCCAGACUCUGGAGCCUGAUGUCUGGUUGAGAGAGGUGCAGCAGAGGAGUCACGGGACCCGGCGCAAUACCCUCACCCACCUGGGACUAUUGGAGGAAGUGUUGGUCAUGGGACUGCGUUUGAUUGACGGCAUCACUCACCAGCAUUGGCAGUUGUUCAGUCCCAGGGCAGAUCUGUACCAGAUUCUCAGCUCAUCCUCUGAAGUACAAGACCUUCAACAGACAGGCCUCCUAAUCCUGGAUGACAGGGGUCUGCGGUGCUCGUGGCAGGGCCUGGCCUUACUGGACAGCAUGUUACCCACUCUGCUGCUGCUGCUGGAGGCCUACAUCACCCAGGGGCUCCAGGAGCAGCAGGCCAGGGGCCCCAUAGGAGACCAGAGACAUGGAGGACAGAGGGUCUCCAAGCCUGGCUGACAGACAGGGGAGACUGAGCCGGAGACUGAGCCGGAGACUGACCCGGAGACUGACCCGGAGACUGAGCCUGAGCCGGAGACUGAGCCUGAGCCGGAGACUGAGCCCUGACCCAGAG